UAAGUUUAGAGACCUCCACGUGUUUCAUUUUUGUGAAUGUGCUGUCUCUUUCUUUGUUUGAAACAAACUCUAAGAAACUGCUUUCAGUUUACACUGAUUCCACAGCCAAAAAAAGCAAUUAGAUAUCAUGGGUAAAUUCUUGACUGUGAUGACUCACCUGCAUACUCUUGCCGGGCCAUCUGUGAUGUUGCUCUAUCCUCUGUAUGCAUCAGUAGUGGCUAUAGAGAGCACAUCUAAGUUGGAUGAUGAGCAAUGGCUUGCUUAUUGGAUUCUCUACUCUUUUCUCACUCUUAUGGAGAUGGUCCUUCAACCCAUGCUUCAGUGGAUACCUAUUUGGUAUGAUUUGAAGCUAGCAAUGGUGGCAUGGCUGGUUCUUCCCCAGUUCAGGGGAGCUGCUUUUAUUUAUGAGAAGUUUGUUAGGGAAAAACUCAUCAGUAAAUAUGGAGCUCGAUAUUUCAGAGACAAAUCUUCCCCUCCUCCUGCUGCUGCUGCCAAGGUGAGCUUGAAACCCAACGAGGAUCGGAUUGAUUGAUCAUGAGGCGAACUUAUGUGGAAGCGUUGCGCUCUGGUGUUUUAAUCAGCCAAAAACUCUAUUAUCUGUAAUACUAUCAGGAAUUGGUGAAAGAUGAUGUGAAUGUUAUAGCGCCACUUUAAAAUAUGUAAUAAUCGUUUGCUUGUCAUUUGAAUUCAGAGUUAUUUCUUCCGAUUUUAA